UAUAUAUACCAACUUAUAGCACCAGGAACGAGGCUGCUUCCCAAAUCGGUUGGUCCCUUCUGUUUUCCUCAUCAGCCAAAAGGGUUUUGAACCCAAACAAACACCAAGAUGUCGGGGAAAAAAGUGUCAUCAAGUCGUAAGCAUCAGCUGAAGAGUUUGAUGCUGUCCAUCGCUAAAGGUAUACUGGAGGAGGAAGAAAGAGAGCGAGAGGAGGCAAAGAGGAGGUACAUAGCUGAGACCUGUCCUCCUGUGUCCAUGCCCAGGACCAUGCAGGAGCUGCAGGAUCUGUGCAAGGAGAUCCACCGCAAGAUCGACGGGAUCGAUGAGGAGCGAUACGACCUGGAGAUGAAAGUCAACAAAGCCAACAAAGAGAUCGAUGACCUGAAGAUUAAAGUCCAGGACCUGAUGGGCAAGUUUAAGAAGCCCGUGCUGAAGAAAGUACGCAUGUCUGCAGACGCCAUGCUGAAAGCUCUGCUGGGCUCCAAACACACAGUUAACCUGGACCUG